CUUUGACCCGACUCCGAGCGCGUCUCGCGCUGAUGACGUCACGCGAAGUCGCGAGCGCAGAAACCGCGAGCGGGAAUCAUUCACAUGGAGAAGAAACCCUCGACACAGCCUGGUGCUAAAAGACACCAAUGCGACCAGUGUUCGUACCGUACGGAUCGCACUGGACACUUGAAGAAGCACCAGAGAACACACACGGGUGAGAAGCCCUUCAAGUGCUUUGUGUGUGGGAAGGCGUUUACUCAGUCAGGAACUCUUCAGAUUCAUCAGAGAACACACACAGGUGAGAAGCCCUUCAAGUGCACUGUGUGUGGAAAGGGGUUUACACAAUCAGAAUCCCUUCACAGACACCGGAAAACACACACAGGUGAAAAGCCCUUCAAGUGCACUGUGUGUGGGGAGGCAUUUACACAAUCAGCAACUCUUCACGUUCAUCAAAGAACACACACUGGUGAAAAGCCAUUCAAGUGCACUGUGUGUGGGAAGGGGUUUACAGUGUCAGGAAACCGAAAGAAGCAUGAGAAGAUCCACAAAGAGAAGAAGGUGAAAUCGACUUCUGAAUGUCCAAAUGCUGCACUGAGCCCUUCUCUUAUAAAACAAGAGCCAGAAGACAACCCCAGCUUUGAAACGUGGCCAGGAGUGAAGGUGGAAUGUGAAGAAGUGAAGGUGAAAUUUGAAGAUGAAGAUUCGAAUGCAGGACACGACCUCCAGGUGGAUGGAGGCAGCGUGAAGCAGGAGGAAAAUUCAGAGUCUGUGGGAGAGCGGGUCGGGGAAGGUCUGUAACUCUCUAUGUGAGCUGUACCCAAUCUCAAAGAUGUCGGAGUUCAUGGCUCUCUAUUUAGCUCUGUCUAUGAUUUCUAUGGGAUGGCCCUUUGUGUUUGACCAGAGAACAAUGACAAGAGGCGACCAGUACAAGGAAAAUGCAAAUAUCAAAGCAUUAAUAGCCCGGGUCGAGCAGUUAUAUAUCUGGGUUGCUUUGUUGCUGGCAUCACGAUGAUGAAAAAAUUAACCCGUAAAAACAAAGUUUUUCACUAUAAAUCCUUUAUAUGCGUGGCAUCGGUUUUAUUUUAUUAUUCAUUUCUGUUUUUCUUGAGUAAGAGUUUCAUUUUUAUCACAUUGGUAUUUUAAAUUAAAUAUGAAAUUUGUUUUUCCUAAAAAGUGGAAAUUUUUUGAAAAAAAUUUUCACGAAAAUAAAUUGUUACGCACAACGAGUAUGUGUGCAAAAUGUCAGCUCGAUUGGAUCACGGGAAGUGGGUAAAUAAACGACCAAAAGAUUUGCACGGUCGUAAGCGCGCAAGCAAGCAAGCGAACUUAAUAUAAAGGAUAAAAAAAAAAUAACCCGUAAAAACAAAGUUUUUCACUAUAAAUCCUUUAUAUGCGUGGCGGCUAGAGUCCUCUCGUCCUCUGGCUUGAGAUGGCUGCCACCUAUGGGUCAGAUGAUUGCCUGCCACCAUUAAGCAAUUGGUAAUUACAUAUAAAAAAAAUUCCUAAAAAGUGUAACAUUUUGGAAAAAAAAUUUCACGAAAAUUAAUUGUCACGCACAACGAGUCUGUGUGCAAAAUGUCAGCUCGAUUGGAUCACGGGAAGUGGGUAAAUAAACGACCAAAAGAUUUGCACGGUCGUAAGCGCGCAAGCAAGCAAGUGAACUUAAUAUAAAGGAUUUAAAAAAAAUCGCGACGAAGGUGGGAUUCGAACCCACGCGUGCAGAGCACAAUGGAUUAGCAGUUCAUCGCCUUAACCACUCGGCCACCUCAUCUCACGCACUCACACACGCAAGAACAUACAACCAGAACCAGGAUGAAGACUUGCACGCACAUACAUACAAACAGACCCCCCCCCCCCCCACACACACAGUCAUACCAUUAUUUUUUCCUAAAAAGUGUAAAAUUUUGGAAAAAUGUUUUCACGAAAAUAAAUUGUCACGCACAACGAGUCUGUGUGGAAAAUGUCAGCUCGAUUGGAUCACGGGAAGUGGGUUAAAAAACGACCGAAAGAUUUGCACGGUCGUAAGCGCGCAAGCAAGCAAACUUAAUAUAAAGGAUUUAAAAAAGAAAAUAUGCUUUACCUUUUCUGGCAAUAACACUGGGUUUUAAGAUGUUCAAACACCAAAUCCCCCCAUUAUUGCGAGGCAUCAUCAAGACUGCAAUAACCACACUUCAUGCUUGUGGUAAAACAUGCAAACAAGCAUGCUUUGAUAAUAAUGUAUGCAUUGUCCUUGAAACUAAUUGGCCUACACAAGAGAGACAAACUCUUUUAUGACAUUGUCUCAUCAGUGUUAGACUAACUGUAGAAGGUGAACAGUACAAGGACAAUGCACAUAUUAAAGCAUCAAUAGGUCUGGUUGAGCAGUUAUUUCUAGAUAGAAUGUUAAUGGAAAUCAGUCUGAACAUUUGCUAAACUAAAUUAAAUAACCCUAUGAACAUGAUUUGUAAAAAUAAAUAUUAUAACCUUAUGUGUCUUGACUUUUCAACCAACCAGUAUAUUCUCCUUUUAAGGUCACAGUGUUAUUUACAAAUGUGUUUCAGUUACGGGAAGCCCUCAACUUAUGAACGGGUUCUGUUCCUGGGCUCCAUUCGUAAGUCGAACAGUUCGUCAGUCAGAACAAUGAAAGCAUACAUAUUAUGGUUCAACAAAAAAGGGAAGCAUUGUUAAACUUAUAAAUGAGAUAUUGUACAAUUGCAUGGAAUACAUAUUUGAUAGUAAAUCAAACUUAAAAUAAAGUAACAAAUUGACGUAUUCGUGGUACACUGGUGCAGCAUGACGCACCGGUCCUCAUAACAUAGAUCUAAAAUUGAAUCCACAAAUUAGUUUAUCAGUCUUUAAUUGACCCUGUCAUCAAGUUUGACGCAAUUCAAAGGUUUAUUCAGGCUACUAAGACUUGCUAAAAUGGUCAAUAUUGACCGUUGAUUUUUGUCCGUGGAAUCGAGGAACCAUCCGACCAAGUCUAGGGUAUGAGUCAAAUCUGCCUUUGGAACACGGAGCCAAUCGUCAUCAGGCUGGCCGCUAUAUGGCAACAGACUGAAGCUUCGUGUUCAGCUGCUAAUAACAUUCAUCUUAUGAUUGCUUCAACAUUAUGAGAACUGAUUUUGACGCAUAUCACAACAUUGACUGGGAUUGCGAAUCGCAGGAAAAUAAAUAAUUGUGAAAAAUGUGCUAUUUUAUACCGUGCACCAGUGUACAGCCAAUACAUUGCUUGUCGGAAGGGAUGCAAUGAGACCCCACAAUUGCACACACACACGGGGAUACGUGCGCACACGCACAAAGACACACACCAACGACAGCGAUCCCCAUACAACCUUGACAGACUGUUGGGGCAAGUACAGUUAGUGAGCAGCGCCUAUGAACGCUGGCACGGCACACGAGGGGGUGGGUGGCUGGCUAGAACCACGCCUUUGACUUCCCAGUCGGGAUGUUUACACACAGCACCAGGUACUCAUUUGAGGCUGAUUUGACCUAAUAGAGGCCC